AGAGGCCAAAAUUAAAUGACUCGUAGUCCGAAGGGGUGUCUGUUUGUACGAUGAAAAACAAACUGAGUGAAUAGCUGGCUUCAGUACUUGGGCACUAACCAACUUCACUGAACUAUCUGUUAUAAUUAUGAGAUAUAAUUCUUACUCUCACUGUGUUUUCAAGUGAGUUAGAUGACACUGCCUAUCUCAUACUGCCUGCCCUCACCCAUUGCUAUCCCCGUUUAUGCUUUAAUGAAGCAUAUACAUUUUCCCUUCGAAUUGUCUUCCCCGUCUCAUUUCUCUCUGAUCUCCUCUACUGCUUCUACGCAUUGCGAGCACAGCCAAAUGUAUAUGGAUGAUUUUAAUUUGUCGCACAAUUAGAGAGCUUUUUACCCACGCAGUUCAUUUGUUUUCAUCUGUCAGUUUUUUUCUGAAUAGGUUUUAAGACAAGUGAGCGUCUCGUCUCCUAAAGAGAGUGUGCACACACACACACACACACACUGCUCACUGGAUCUGAUCCUAGGAGCCACUAACGAGAGAGGAGGGGGGGAAAGAGAGAGGGAGAGUACCGCUAAAUCACUUGGAGGAACGGACAGAGCAUGAAAACCAGAGAGAGGUGGAGAGAAGGGAUUUACUGCUGGAACACUCAUUGAGGAGUAGAGGGAGUGAGUGUGUUGUACGUUAUAGAGGUUGAGGUGUGAGCUCUGACAGGAGAGGGUUGGCAGGCUCAGAGCAGACUGAGUGGUGACUUACUGAUUCACUCUGCUGACAUUUUCCAUUUUCUGCUUAUUCAGAGUGACAGUAGUGAGUGCAUACAUUUUCAUACUGUCUGCUGUCUAUUGCAGUUCUCUGUUCGGAGGGUAUGGGACUGACUACCACUACAGCCAAGUGAGGACUGUUCCAGACUCUCUCUGUCCAGAGGAGCAUGAUGACUACUUUACCCAAUGAGACAGGCUUCUCCUCCCUCUCUCCAUCAUACCCCCCCUCCCUCUCCUCUCCCACACUGUCCCUCACCUCCAACCCUUUCUCUUCCUUCUCCCUCUCCACCUCCUCCUUCUCUCCGUCCAACUGCUCCAGCUCUCCGUUGCCCUCCUCCCCUCCCUAUAACUUCUACGCUGUGCUGCUGGUGCUGCUCAUCUUCUGUGUGGUGUUCGGCAACGUGCUAGUUUGUGUGGCGGUGUCGCGCGAGCGCUCCCUCCAGACUACCACCAACUACCUCAUUGUCUCCCUGGCCGUGUCCGACCUGCUGCUGGCCACCCUGGUCAUGCCCUGGGGCGUCUACCUGGAGGUGGUAGGGGAGUGGCGCUUCAGUCUCAUCCACUGUGACAUCCUCCUGACCCUGGAUGUCAUGAUGUGUACUGCCAGCAUCCUCAACCUCUGUGCCAUCAGCAUCGACAGGUACAUGGCGGUGGCGAUGCCCAUGCUGUAUAACACCAGAUACAGCUCCAGGAGGAGGGUGGCUCUGAUGAUUGCUGUUGUGUGGUUCCUCUCCUUCGCCAUCUCCAGCCCUCUGCUGUUUGGACUCAACAACACAGCCAGUCGGGAGGAGACCAAGUGUGCCUUCGCUGAUCCGUCCUUCGUGGUCUACUCAUCCGUGGCCUCCUUCUACGUUCCUUUCAUCGUGACCCUGCUGGUGUACGCCCAGAUCUGUGUGGUGCUGCGGAGGCGGGGCCGACGCACCGUGCCCCGCAGACACGGACUGUACCCACAGGGAGGAGGCAAGACGGGGGAGGGCCACAGGCACAGGAAGAAUAAGUGUACCCUCCCUGAGGAUGUGAAGUUGUGCACUCUGAUCACGAGGCCCCCCACCACCGCCCCCCAACGCAAGAAAGUGAUGUUAGUGAAGGAGGCGGUGGUGCACCCCCUGGAGGAGGAGCUGGUGGGGCGUGAUUUCCUGUCCCAGUUAGACCAAAGCCUCCCCCCGUCUCACCCUCCUCACCCCUCCGGACGAGCCACCAAGAUCUCCCUUUCUAUCUCGGUGGUACCCGCGCCCUUCCCGUCACCGACGGUGGCAGCACGCUCCACCCUCGUACCCCGCGGUGCCACCUUAGAGGACGGCAUGAGUGGCCGCGAGCGAUGGAGGGAGCGCAAUGCAGACAGGGAGAAGGGAGCGAUGGCGAAAGAGAGGGUGAAAGGGACUCUGUCGCAGCAGAAGGAGAGGAAGGCGACCCAGAUGCUGGCUAUCGUGCUAGGUGUGUUCAUCAUCUGCUGGCUGCCCUUCUUCCUGACCCACGUGCUGAAGGCCCACUGUGGCAGCUGCUGUAUCUCCCCCUCCCUGUACAGUGCUGUCACCUGGCUGGGCUACCUCAACAGUGCCGUCAACCCCGUCAUCUACACCACCUUCAACAUCGAGUUCCGCAAGGCCUUCAUCAAGAUCCUAAACUGCUGAGUACAGGGAAGAAGGGGGGGAGUGGGAGAAAGGACAAGUGUGAAAAGUGUUUGAGUAGUGGAGAGAGGCAAAAAAGGUCAGAGACUAGAAAUCAAACUAAAGAAGGGAAAGAGAGGGGUGAAAACAAAGACAAGGAGGGAAUGGAAGGAGAGAUGGAGGGGAAGAGGGGGACAGAAAGAGAGGCGACAGAACUUUAAAAAAAAUAAUCUAAGAGGUCAAACAGAAGAGCAAGUGAAACAAGACAGAUAUACCAAAUCAAAACAGACUUGGGAAUUAUAAAGAGAUUAUGUACACUUCUGUAAAUCUAAAACAUAGCAGGGAGAGAGUGAUAUUCUGAAGGUUCUAUGGGAAGAGAUGGGGUAGGGCACAAACAGUGGCAGAAUACCCCUCUAAAGUAUACUGUCAAAGCGACUGCAGACAUUGCAAUUUAAUUAACGGAGUAAAAACAGGACAGAGGUAAUCUUUUAAGGAGAUACACAAUCAAUCUGCACAAUUGUUCUCCAAUAGCAGUCUUGUUGUGUCGUCCCAGUGUAAACAAGCCUGUAAGAGAUGUAUUAUAUUAAGAACAUGUUGGUGAAUAUGAUGCAAUAUGAUGAGUGACUCAUCAAGGUUUGUUCAUGAAGUAUAUGUAUAUAUUGUGGUUUAGAGUUAAUGUGAGCUCUGCUGUAAAUAUCUGUAUUACUGUUAUUGUACAGAUACAUGUAAUAAAUGAUGUUCUACUCAU